GGACUUGCUGUGCACUUUAUUGCAGGUUAUCCUCCGAAACAUCAGGGGGCGCUGUUAGUUUAAUUCAAUCGUCACGUGACAAAACACAGAACUCGUGAUGGUGUUUUGCAGCAGUUGAAUCAAUGAGGGAUACUAUUUUUCUUACGAAACCAUUACGGAAUGUUAAAAAACGUCGAUGUCAAUCAAGCCUGAAGUUUGAGCCAUAAUGGCGUCCGGCUGGGUGGAGAAGGUUUCCGCCUUCUGCCGCAGUCCAAGUCGCUUCCUCUUCGGGACGAGCUCGGAGGUUUUUCUCGCCGAGCUGCUCCGAGAGCUCCGGGACGACAGAGCAAACUACACAGUUAAGGUCCUCCUGCUGUCUCCUCUGUGUGAGUACCCGGCACUGCUGUGCCCCUCAGACUCUGUUGGGGAGGAGACCGCUUUGGAGCUCAUGUCCAUCUUCACCCAGUCCCCUCCCAAGUUUGUGCAGUUCCGCUCUCAGCUCCUUGUGGCCCUCACCUGCGUCCUCACCUGCUCUUCGGAUGUGAGCGGUCGGCUCCGAGCGUUCCCGGAUUUCCUGGAUCUACUCCUUCAGCUCGCUCAGGACACCAGCGACCUUCACGGCGAUGCUGCCCCGCGCUCGCUCCGGGCCACAGCUUGCGACUGCCUGCGUGAGAUGGAGGCCCUCUACCCCGGCCUUCUCUCCCAGCGCCUUGAGCUGCUGGGUGGACACCGGCAUCAAGAAACCUCCAGGCUGCACCAGGCCUAUGCGGGGUUGCAGGCCCUGGUCCUAAGAAAUGCCGUCUAUCAGCUCACUCAGGAGAAGGAAGCAGGUGCUGCACAUUUAAGAGCCCUCUUGGGAGGAAAUGAGUCAGUCGAAUGCGAGGCAGACCAGAACGCAGGCCCGGCGAGCGGCAAAGACUCUGCUCCGCUGUCCUCUGUAAUCUUUGGACCGAUGGGCACAGUGCCGACUCUCCACACCGGACCCGACUGUAAGGAGCUGCGCUCCGCCCUCUCCUCCCUGCUGGAAGAGUCUUAUCUCUUCACCCCUCUGAGCCAGGCUGCGCUGUUAUACAGGCUCACAGAGGUGGUUGCCAUGGUGCCCGCCAUUCCCCCCACCAUAUUCAGAGCUCAGCUGCUGCGACUACUGGGAACCAGUGAGGUGACCCUCCUUCACACCACACUGCUGAUGAAGAGCGCCUUCACCGACAGUCUGUUCAGCUCCGAGGACGAAGCGUUUCUCUUCAAGCGACUAGUUGUCCUAUCGCAGCACCCGCUUCUGAGCACACCUGAGAAGCUCUUCUACAUGGACUGCAUCCUGCACUUUCCGGAGAACCGUCCAAUCAGCUGCGGCGACAGCGACGAGGCCCUCCCUGUGCUGCUGACCCCCCGGCUGGCUUCAGCUCUGCUGCCCGUUGUGUUCAACGACAGCGCCACCCUGCUGUCCCGCUUUAACCUGCUGUCUCUGGUGUACCUGGAGGCGGGGGAGGAGGAGGACGGCCGAGGGUUGGAGUACCUGUACGAACACCUGACGUCGCUGCUGCGGAUCGUAGAGAGUGGGGGCAAGCGGGAGAACGUUGUUACUUUCUUUAGAGCGGCCUUCCUCUUCCUUUUUCAUUUUCACCACGUGGAGCGUUACUGCGACAACCUGAGCCAGCAGCUGUGCCAACUCUACCUCCAGCACACGCGCUUCGCGCCCCACCUCAUCAACCUGGCCGAUCGGACCCAGGAGAAGCUGCCUGACUCCUCCUGGGCUUUGGGGCUCCUGAAAGCCCUGCAGAGGGUCAUUUCUGAGACCCCCGUCAGCCAAACGACCCUGCGUGACCUCAGAUGGCAUCUGAAGGUGCUGACUCGAGCGGCGGAGGAGGGAGAGAUCUCGCAGCACGGCACACUCCGCUUUCUGUCCGGCAUCAUCCCGCCAUCCUCAUCCUCGCUGAGCUCAAGCGGCGAUUGGCGCCUGGGAAACGGCAUCCUGGGAGUUUGCCGUCGCUUGCUGGUCCACCCCAGUCUUGAGUCCAUGUUCAUCCCUCUGGCCGACAUUCUGCAGCAUGUUGCCGGUCACUAUGGAGACACAGACAUCCGGGACCACGCCCGCCUCUACUACACCCUUCUCACCACUCUGUCCAGGGAGAAGCUGGCCACCGUGCUGGCUCACCACGCUGAGGGGGGCCAGCAGGUCAAGAAGCGAACUCUGUCCUGCCUUAUGACUGAGGGGGAAGGACUGACGAGCAUCCUGACCAUCCAUGAGACGGAAGUCGCAAUAAUCAGACUAAUUGAAGCUGAUUGUGAACAGCUGGAAGCUGAAGACCUCGUGCAGGACGAGGCAGAGCGAGGAGAGCCCGUGUUGGAAACCUACAGAGCUCAGUUCGGCAGCGCCGCCUUCGCCUCACAAGUCACCCUGAAGUUCCUGCUGACUCACACGGAGACCCGAGACGCUCGCUUUGAUCAGCUCUUCAGCAUCCGCCUCCACUUCAGCCUCACUGAUGACCACUACAGCGAGCUGCAGGACCUCAGCGUGCCGUGCCUGUUUAGGGAGAGGCCGCCGCCUGUCGUGACACUGACGCUGAAGCCCAGGGAGCCUUACCCAAGCAGCCUUCACGUCAGCGCCAUCUUCACCACCCAAGACGGGCUCACCUGGCACACUACCUUACCAGACAUCCGAGUGUGUUUUCAGCAGAUCUUCCUGCCCCUGCCCGCCCCCCCGAGCUGGGGCAGGGCAGGGAGGCAGGCCGUGUUUGCAGGAUUAUGGGAGGAAAUGUCUUCCGAAACGGGGGAAUGUGCCAGCAGUCUGUUCUGCUGCCAGCUGGAGGAAAAGGCUCUGAGCGCGCUCGUGGAAAAGCACUUCCUCCCAUUCCUGGUGUCAGAUCCGUCCCACAAAGACGAGUUCAGAGCGCUGCUCUUCCUCCCCCCACAGUCCCACGUCCUGCUGAAGAUCAGCUCGGAGGAAGACGCGGUGCAUUUCUGCAUCGCCACCGACAACUGGGAGCUGCUUCCUCACAUAAACGACUAUCUGCUGAAAAUCACAGCCAGCUGACCUUUUGAGUUUUAACUUUUAACAUUGAACUUUUGUCAAACAAAAUGUUUGUGAUUUAAAAUAAAGUAAUUGCACUUUAAUCAUUUUGACUGAAAAUGACAAAUGUGAUCCAGACUUAAAACUGUGCUUCCUUCUUUCUUGAUCGAAUAAACAAACACUUCUUUAAAUCUCA